AUGAGAAAUUGUCACUGUAAUAUUUAUGAUACUACCUCUGCAUCAGCGUCUCCCUUGGAGCGUGGCCCCGGCAAGACAACUACUAGGGUGCUUGAUUCUGGUAAAAAUAAAAAUAAAAACAUAGAAAAUAUUAAGGUAGAAAAACAUGUUUCUCUCGAUUCUUCUUCUUUGGAGCCACCUUCCCCUGAAAUCCCAAAGUGUGUGUUGAUGCGCACAUAUUUAUUCCAAAAGGAGAUCCAUUUAGAUAUUGGUGUGGAAAACCUUGCCUGGGGCAUAGUACACCCAACCAGCGCACUGCUUGAUUCAGGCGCUAACAGAAUCUUCAUAGACCAGGUCUGGGCGGAGAAAAUUGGACUCCCCCUUGUAAAAUUGGAUAUGUCUAUUCCCAUCUAUAACAUUGACAGUACACUUAACGCGGUGUCAUGCACCAAAGUUGAUUGGUAG